GACGCACUGCGAAGGCGAGUGGCUGUCUGUCAGUCUGUCGUCGCUCACGGCUCCUGUGCUUCAUUCGAUUCCGCUCCCUUCCCUUCCAUUCCCUUCCGUGGGUUGGGAAGCCGCUGCGAUGAGAUGCUGGUGCUGCUGACAAGUCCGCCGGCGUCGCCACCCUCUCCCACGCCGUCCUCCGCUGCAGCUGCCCUCUCCUACGCCGUCCGCCGCCCUCACCUGUGCCGCCGCCACGCUCUCCCGCACGCCACCGCCACCGGAAGGCCACGCUGACGAGAGGAGGACGAAGAAGAAGAAUACAAACAGAGCCUAAAUGAAACCCUAAGAAGAAGAAAGAUUUCUUCGGUUUUGAGCUCAGAAGAAUACAAACAGAGCCUAAACGAAACCGGAAGAAGACCAUGGCGAUGCGGGGCGUCGAUUUCAAGUGGUACGACGGGUUCUUCCUCUCCAUGCUCGCCACCAGCGUAAUCAUCGUCUCCAUCAAUUGGAAGAGGUUUCGCCUCUGCGCCCAUCCGCUCCAUAUUUGGAUAGUGGUGGACUACGCCACCGUCUUCAUCUUCCGCCUCCUCAUGUUUCUCGAUAAUGGUCUCGCUGCAGGGAUGGGACUAGAUCUCGGAUGGCAACAGAGGUAUGCUCGGUUUUGUGGAAGAAUAGUUAUCGUCUCAGUUCUUGUGCUUCUUCUCUACCCCUUCCUUUGGGUUUGGACUGUGAUAGGAACAUUGUGGUUAAGCACUGCAAGAGGCUGCUUGCCUGAGGAAGGACAAAAAUGGGGCUUCCUGAUAUGGCUACUUUUCAGUUACUGUGGGCUCGCCUGUAUUGCAUGUGUGGCUGUUGGAAAGUGGCUAAACCGAAGGCACGCGCUUCAACAGAGGGCACAGCAGGGAAUUCCAGUCUCUGAAUAUGGGGUUUUGGUUGAUAUGAUCCGUGUUCCUGACUGGGCAUUUGAGGCCGUUGGCCUGGAAAUGAGAGGAAUGGGCCAAGAUACUGCAUAUCAUCCUGGUCUUUAUUUAACUACAGCUCAGAGAGAAGCAGUUGAGGCACUGAUUCAAGAACUUCCAAAAUUCAGGCUGAAAGCUGUUCCGACCGACUGCAGUGAAUGUCCUAUCUGCCUCGAAGAAUUUCAUGUUGGCAAUGAGGUCCGUGGACUCCCGUGUGCGCACAAUUUCCAUGUGGAGUGCAUCGACCAAUGGCUCCGGCUGAAUGUCAAGUGCCCGCGGUGCCGGUCCUCUGUGUUCCCCAACCUCGACCUGAGCGCAUUGAACAAUCUGCGGCCGACCAGCGAGCCGGACCAUCCGUCCGCCAGCGAUGUAACAACAGCAACUGCAGCGACGAGAUACGUGAGGUCGCAGCCGGUGGGGCAAACCUACUUGGUGCGGCUGCAGGGGCUGCUGCUCCGCCCGGUCCGGCACGAGAGCGUGGAGAGUAGUCUCGAUGAGCCGGCGGUGGCGAACAGCUCGGUUGUCCCUGAGGAGCUGCUCAGCAUAGUGGUAGACGAUGGCCAUCAGCUGCCAGAUCGCUGACAAGAUUAUUAUGAGUAGAGAGAGAGAGCAUGAAGGGAAAUUAGGAAGGGAAAUCAAAUUAUGCAGCGGUUUUUCUUUUUGCUGUGUAUUUUGCCAGAGAUUAGCAAGUAAAUAAUAUUAUUUUUUUGUUUUUGUUUGCGCUCUAGUUAGGCUGGCAUGACCGUCCAAGCCAUGUAUGUAUGCUGCGUGCAUGUGAUUGUAUAUUUAUUGAUGAUGUGAUUAAUACCGUGUUGAGCCCCU